AUGUCAACAUUGACAAUUGGUACUAACCUCAAACUCGAAGCUUCUACCUCCCGGAGACCAUUCUUCGAGCCCAUUAAUGAUACACAUUCUGCUAGAAGCUCUAUUUCACACCCGCAAUUACGCGAUCUUCUGAUCUGUCCUACCCAGCCCCAUCAUGUUCAAACGAUCUCAGAACAUGGAGUCGAUGCCCAUGUCUUUGGUCAAUAUACAAUGCGCCUCAUGGACAAAGCCACAUCUUUCCAUCCUAACUGCUUGGUUUCGGGUUGCGGCUACGUUGCGAUGGGCGGUGGUAAUGCGGACCUGCUUAUCAGAUCAGUUGACAUUCACUCUCGGUGGGAGCUCAAAAUCACUACCGGUCAAUCAAUAGUGAAUUCGGUUCACUUCUUUCAAGCUUCACCCCGGGGGAAUCCUCAAGUUUUGGUCUGUAACAAUGACCAGACAAUUACUCAAUACGACCUUUCCAACGUAUCAACCAUACAAAAUGCUGCAUCGAACUCAUUAUCCGUCGAUCCUGCCCAUCGCCCCACGCCAGGAUUGGGGUCUCGCGAAGGAGACGGGAUUUCAACUGGUAAUGAGAAGCCAGUAUUAACCCAUAAAUCGAGCAUCGUUUUCCCAGUCCCUGUCAAUCACUGCAGCGUUAGCCCAGACUCAAAAUCGAUGGUGGCAGUAGGAGAUAGUAACGAAGUUUUUAUUUACGACUGUCAAGGUGCACAUCAAACAAAUGAACCGUUGAUUGGCGAUUGGCGAUUGGGCCCACGAAGGAUCUACCUUCCCGGAGUCUCGGCUCUCACUGGUAGUUUCAGUACUAGUUGGAAUCAGUAUGGAGAUAAAUUUGCAGUCGCAAGUGAGGGCGAAGUUGUCGUGGUUUAUGAUAUGAAGAUGCUUGGGAAGCCUCUUCUAGUAAAGCAAACUGCCCAGAAAGGCAGGCCCGGUGGCGCGAGGGUAGUCAAGUUCAGUCCUGCCGGCCCUAAUGAGCUCCUAGCAUUCACUGAGCACCAAUCUUUGGUCCAUGUUUUGGAUGCUCGUACUUUUGAUCCAGAUCAUGAACAGAUAUUGGCAGUACCCACACCAUUUCCCGGGAUGACACCCUUCCCGCCACGCUUAUCACCAGGAUCAAUCCGGCCGCAUCAAUCAGCAAGCAGCACCGAUCGAACUCCCUCCCUUCUAGAUCGAUCAAAUCCUAUUUACGAUGAGAGGAAUACUUCAGCCGCAUCAAGACGGCGGAUGAGUGAGCUGCAUGCACAGCUGUCACGUGGAGCUAGAAGAAACUUCCGCCCAGUCGAGAUGAAUAAUGAUCUCGAGCCCGAAGAAGACGAGCAGGAUGAGGAAAACCAUCCAGAGGCUGGACCGAACAUGAGCGAUGGUCUUCGUCGUCAAAGCAGACAAUCUGAGUCGCCGCGAUCGCGGGAAGAGCCGAUCGGGGAAAUGACUUUUACGGAGCCGAUGUUUGGAGAAUUUUCCCGCAGGCGCACCCCGGAACUCCCACUUUCUGCUGUGGAACGGAUGUGGGGGGAUAGCGAAGGCCGCAAUGAUCUUAACCUGCGAUCCUCACUAAGCAGCCGGGCCAGUCAAUUCUUUGGCACAGGUGUCAGAGCAAGCCGGACCACGAGAGGAGGAUACAGCUGGGCAGUGAGGUCGAGACUGCCGCAUAAUUUAGACGAUGACGAGGCUUGCUUGGAGGGCGAAGGCGAAGAACAAGGCUCGCAACCAAGACAGACGAACUCGUCAACACGAACAACCUUGUCGGGGGCCAGGUUGGAAUGGGGCCCACCUUCGACGUCCACGUCUUCGAGUCGCCAUAUUCAGCUGCAAGGAUCAUCAAUCCGAGUCUUGAGUGAUGAUGAUGACCGGAGCGGUAGGGUGAAUAGCAACUCGGCAAUCAAUUCAUCUUCGACGCCUACCGGGCUACUUCGAGACCGAGACGCGACCGCAUCGUCCAUCGCCCUCGCUCAUUCCCAACUGAUCGCUUCCCGACUCGGCCAAAAUCCGCCCCCGUUCUCCCGCUCGGAAGCUUGGUUUGACCUCGACGGAGGCCCGCCGGCGGCAAUCCGCAACCGCUCAAACUCGCUCUACGGACUUAUCUCCGCCUCUUACUCCGGCGUUAGGAGUGGGAUGUGGGACGACCUGAUCGGCUUGAGUUGGUCCCCCGAUGGCGAGUGGUUGGUCUCUGGAACUGAAGUUGCUCUCGUUGAAUGGAAAGUCAAACGCUCGAGUCGCGCCGGUUUUGGUGACUCGAGGUUGUGCUGA